AGUUUAAUGACCAACGUGUAGAACAUCACCGACGUAUCAACAUACAGGUUGUAUUACAUUUAUCGAAGCAAUUUAUCGAAGGAAGUGUCAAGUGAUUAUUGAUCUAUUCAGGAUCUAUCAUUUACCAACGUGGCAAGGCAAGUGGUUGAUUAAACAAUUGCUAUCUAUCUUCAAAUCCUCAUUAUAAAUACGCCCACCCACCCUCACUUCUCAUGCAACAAGCCAGCCAACAAUGGGUAUUUGCACUUCUUGCCACUCAACCGCCGUCGUCACCGCAAAACUAAUAUUACCCGACGGCAGAUUACAAGAAUUCAUCUACCCCACCAAAGUUCACCACGUCCUUAACAAAAACCCUUCAAUCUUUAUAUGCAACGCCGACGAAAUGGACUUCGACGACUUCGUUUCGCCCAUCAAAGACCAUGAGGAGCUUCAACCCGGGCAACUUUACUUUGCCCUUCCCCUUAAAAGGUUGAAGCACCCGCUUCAACCUGAGGAGAUGGCCGCAUUGGCCGUCAAGGCCAGCGCCGCACUGGCAAAAUGCAGUGCUGGCCAGCGUCGUAAAACAAAUAUUUGUUUCACGACGCCGCGGGUUAAAAGUUCUAGUAGGGUGGCGGAUGUUGAGACUGUCGGGUUGGGCCGGAGGAGUUGCCGUAGUGGCGGUCGUGGUGGCGGUGGUGGUGGUGGUGGGAAGAGGGGGAGCUUUAGGGUUAUGUUGAGUGCUAUACCGGAGUGAAGUGUUGGUUAAAGUUAAGUUGGUUGGUUUAGUAGUUGUGGUAAAUUGGUUGUAUGUGUGAAUUGGCGAUUACUUUUGCGACGGUGUCGUUUUUUAGCCGUUCACUUUGUAUACCUUACCAUAUUGGGAAUAUUGUCACUUUUUUACCCAUGAUAUGGGUUGUUAAGAAAAUCUAAUGCCUUUGUUUUUCUAUGAGUUGCCUUUUGAAAGAGCUUUGCUUUUGAUAUAAGAACUUUAUGGUUAAAUGAAAAGUCGAUGUAAUGUAUGAUGACUAUAGGGAUGUAAUGUAACAUGAGCAUCCUGGAUUCAUAGUUUUUUCUACUGGUGUAAUUAUGUUUUUGUGUAA